UGUUUUCGUCUGCCUGGCAGCGCGGUUCUGGAACGCGUUUAGUUUAGCUGGAGAGUGAGCUCGGUUUCGGUGGCUUAAUCAUUUUUGAUGGUACGCUUGGCGCGAUAUUUCUUUUCGCGAAAAAGCAGGCAAGUCGUUUUUCCUGAAAUAUAAAAAAUUUUUGUGAGCUCGGUUUCGGACUCGGAAUUUGAAUUUUGCCGCUAGCCAGCCAGUCCAAUUGUGCAACGUCGUCGUGCAGUUGCGUGAAAAGUGGAAAAAAUUUCGAAAGUGCGCGGCGAACACAAUUUGGAAAUAUAUAUAUAUAUAUAUAUAUAUAUAUAAAUAAUAUAUACACACAAUUCAUCAUAGUGGAAAUCUUGAUUUGUUUUGAAAACCAAUUAUUGCGCAGCAAGACUUCCAGAUCGACAUUGCCUAUAAUUAGGAGACUUAGCCGUCUGUUACCAUUGGAUUCGUGAGUCAGACCCGACAUAAAAACCUUCUGACCACGAUGGAGGAUGCGAAAUUAAUGAACAUUCGAAAUGGAUACACAAAGUCCUUGGACGAUCACUGUCAGCUUAUCACUGGCAUACAAGAUGAGUCGCCCAUGCAAAUGUUUUACAAGGAUAAAGGCGUCUUCCUCACUGGCGGCACUGGCUUCUUUGGUAAAAUUAUUAUUGAGAAACUGUUGCGCGUCACAGAGGUGGCUCAAAUAUAUUUGCUGAUACGCACCAAAAAGGGCAAGGAUGCCCAUGCACGCAUCGAGGAUUUGUUCAAUGAUCCGGUCUUUGCCAAAAUGAAACAGAUCAAUCCAAAGUAUCGCUGCCAGAUCGCAAUCAUCAGCGGCGAUUGUUCGCUCCCGGGCCUGGGCAUCUCUCACCGUGAGCGCGAGAUAAUCAAGGAGAAUGUCAACAUUGUGCUGCACAGUGCGGCCACGGUGCGUUUUGAUGAGAAGCUCAAAAUGGCCAUUGCCAUCAAUGUCCAUGGCACCAAGGAGAUCAUCAAGCUGGCCAAAGAGAUUGUCAACCUGAAGGCUCUUGUGCAUGUCUCGACGGCAUUUGCACACUGCAACAUGCGCUACAUACAGGAGAAGUUCUACACUGGCAUGAUGACUGGGGAUAAUGCCUGCAAGUUGACUGAGUGCCUCGACGAGCACACGCUGAAUACGCUGACGCCGACGAUUAUCCAGGGAUAUCCGAACACAUAUACCUACACCAAAGUGCUCGCCGAGAAUGUGGUCCACCAGCAUGCACAGAAAUUGCCCGUUACCAUAUUUCGACCCGGCAUCGUGAUCACCAGCUAUCGUGAGCCGGUGACUGGCUGGAUUGACAAUAUGUAUGGACCCUGCGGUGUCAUUGUGGGCAUUGGCUCCGGCGUCCUGCGCGUUUUCACCGGCAACAUGGACAACAAAGCGCACAUUGUGCCGGUGGACAUGUGCGUCAAUGCCUUGCUGGCCAGCGCCUGGGAUGUGGCACGAAAUACAUAUGAAACGCCGCCCAUAUAUAACUAUGUACCGGAUACGGAUAAUAUGGUCACCUGGCGCAAUUAUAUGCAGACGGGCUUCAAGUAUGUCAACGAUAUACCCAUGCGCAAGUCCAUCUGGUACCCGUGCUUCACCAUUGUGCCGCACAUGUGGCAGUAUCACAUACUCUGCUUCUUGUACCACACAUUGCCCGCCAUGUUCAUGGACUUGAUUAUGGUUCUCAUGGGCAAGAAACCGAGAAUGUUGAAAAUCUAUCGCAAGAUACACAAGUUCAGCAACGUUCUGAAGUUCUUCAGCUCGAAUGAAUUUCGCUUUGACAACGAUAACGUGCGGAAUUUGGUUGAUAAACUAGAUGUGAGAGACAAGCGUCUGUUUGCCUUCGAUAUGCGUGAUCUUGACUGGAAAAAUCUAUUUAAAGUCAGUUUGUAUGGGCUGCGGCUCUAUGUUGUUAAGGACGAUCCCAACAAUCUACCCGAAUCCAUUAGACGUAUUAAACGCAUGAUGGUUCUACAUUAUUGUACGCUGGGCAUCGUCUAUUCGUUAACACUUUGGGCGCUCUAUGGACUGGUGAAGCUUAUAUUCUUUUAAUCUCCAUAGGGUAUCCGAUGUACUUGUGUUAACGUAACAAAAUGGGAAGUUCUCCUGUCCAUUUGUAUUGUCACAGCAUCAUUUUCAGUUUCGGCGUAGCUUAGUUCUAGAUUUAGAUCAUGAUUAUGUUUAGUCCUACGGUUACAGCGCUCUAUCCGAUAUCUGUAUAGUUUAGUUUUUAAUUGUACUACUGCUCAAGUUGAUUAUAUGUAACACUCACUGUGUAUAUAUGUAUUUAUGUACGAAACUAAUCGAAUCGCAAAAUAAAAAUCGCUUUAUAUUUUUUGGGACAUGCAAA